UUACGCGUCUUCUGCCGUGUUUGGCAUUGAAGGUAGCGGGUGAAUGUGGCGUCUCUGUUUUAAUACUGACUUAAAUUUAUCGUGGUGACGUUAAGAAGUGUUUUUGUUUUUGUAAAGAUUAAAUCGUAUCACACUAACUGUAAAGUUUGCUAGCCAUCUCUAGCUUUGCUACUGCAUCUAGGAUAUUCUGCGUUCAUAAACAACAUGCAGAUUGUUUAAGCAGCGUAAAACAAUUAAAAAAAACCCACCGUGUGUUGACGUGAGUGUGAACUUUAAUCACUGCAUUGCAUUGGUCCGAUUCACAUAGUGGCCUAAUCAGCAACUUGUAAUUAUAUAUGUGGAAGAGUGCGUUCGCCUCAUGCAAGUUUGAAACGCAGAUUGCUAGUCCGCUAACGUUUCGUGCGAUAUGAACCCCUCAGCCGCAAUUCAAAGCGUUUUGUAUUUAUAACUAUGAUAUAAUGAAAAAUACAUAUGUACGUUGCAUUUAUUAAGAUUGCGAUCCAUGUGUGCGCGUGGACUGCCAUUUGCUUUUGACAGAAAUCACCUACAGCUUGCAGAGGGCAGUUGGCUGUACAGGGAUGCAGCGCCCCCUGCUGCCUCAGUGCCGAUGGCGCCGGCUUUCGCUCUGCAUCGCUGGUGUUUCACCGAGGCGACCCGUACGCACGUGGGAGCGGUGCUGCUCUUCCGAAUCACGUGUUCGAGCAGAGCUGCCACCCCAGACCCGGCUAAACCCAUUGAACAUUCAGAUGGUGUCCAGGAAUUUACAUGAGCAAAUUUUUCGUGGGUCAAUGCCACAGUAUCAGCAGGAGGAUGUGGAGCGUAGCGUGAAGCACCUGCAGAAGCAUGAGCUAUGGGGCAAAGAUGCCCCUUUGCUGCCUGAUGUGGAGCUGCACCUGCCCUGCAUGUAUGGCAGCAACAUUGACGAGCACUUCCACAUCCUGGCCAAGAAACAGAGCUUACCCUACCUGGAAACAGCCAAUCAUCUCCUCCAUGCCCAGCUGCCCCAGAUACCUAAAGAGUGGGCAUGGAGAGCGGGCUGGACGCGGUACAGUGCAGACGGCCAGUGCGUCAAUGUGGACUUCCCUGAAGAGAAGGCCCUGGUGUUUGAUGUGGAGGUGUGCAUGGCUGAGGGUCAGUGCCCAACACUGGCCGUCGCUGUCUCUCCUUCUGCCUGGUACUCAUGGUGCAGCAGAAGAUUGAUUGAGGAGAGAUACACCUGGUCCAGUCAGUUAACUCUGGCGGACCUCAUCCCCUUAGAGACCACAGCCAACUCCUCCCGGCCACCAGGGGAUGGGUGGCAGGAGCGGCUGGUGGUGGGACACCAUGUCAGUUUUGACCGUGCUCACAUCAAGGAGCAGUACCUGCUGAAGGGAUCCAAAAUGCGCUUCCUGGACACGAUGAGCAUGCAUAUGGCCAUCUCUGGGCUGACUGGCUUUCAGCGCUCGCUGUGGAUGGCCAGCAGGCACGGCAAGAGGCGUGGCCUUCAGGAGGUCAGAGAGCACGUGAAGAGGACAGGCAGGCGCAAAGACGGCUCUGUGAUUGGUUCGUGGGACUGGGUGGACAUCGGCAGCAUUAAUAACCUGGCAGACGUCCACGCGCUCUAUGUCGGAGGGGAGCCUCUGCAGAAGGAAGCCAGGGAAGUCUUUGUAAAGGGUAGCAUGGCUGAUGUGAGAAGCAGCUUCCAGGCACUGAUGACAUACUGUGCCCUGGAUGUGCAGGCGACCCAUCAGGUGUUUUGUGAGCAGCUGCCGCUGUUUAUGGAAAGGUGUCCGCACCCAGUGUCAUUCGCUGGCAUGCUGGAGAUGGGCGUCUGCUAUUUGCCCGUCAAUCAGAACUGGGACCGGUACUUGGAGGAUGCGCAGGGUACCUUUGAGGAGCUGCAGCGCGAGAUGAAGAAGUCUCUGAUGAACUUGGCAAACGACGCCUGCCAGCUGCUGCAGCAUGAGAGAUAUAAAGAUGACCCCUGGCUGUGGGACCUGGAAUGGGAUGUUCAGGAAUUCAAGCAGAAGAAGACGGCUGUCCGAAAGAAGAAAGGAGUUACAGUGAAGCCAGUGGCUGAACCCACGAGGACGGUGAGAGACUGGGAUGAAGACCCUGGACCCCCUAUAGAAGAGGAGGAGGCUGGGGUAGCACAGUUGGAGCAGCUGAAGGAGACCAUAAGGCUCCUUCCAAAGAGGAGACAGCAUUUGCCCGGGCACCCUGGGUGGUACCGCAAGCUAUGCAUGAAGAUGUCAGAGGAGGGGUGGUCCCCUGGGCCGAGUUUGAUAAGCCUGCAGAUGCGGGUGACCCCCAAGCUGAUGGGGCUUACAUGGGACGGCUUCCCGCUGCACUACGUGGAGAGGCACGGCUGGGGUUACCUGGUCCCCGGGCGACUGGACAACCUAGAGCCCCAGGAGGACGCCCAGGGGCCAGUGUGCCCCCACAGAGCCAUUGAGGCCCUCUAUAGGGAAUUCUGCGAGAGGAAUGGCUCAGACCAGACGCUCUGUGUGGACAGCCCUGUCUCUGAGGACCUGAUGCUGACGGACAGCACCGUGUGGCAGACUGUGGAAGAGCUUAGUUUGCUGGAGAAGGAGGAUGACCUCAAAACAAGGAGUACCAAGAGCAGAAGGACAGAGGAAACAAAGGCUUCGAAAUCAGCAGGGGAUGAGGGCGAGUGUCCCUAUCACCAGGGUAAUGGGCCGUACGAUGACGUCAGCAUCCCUGGGUGCUGGUUCUUUAAACUUCCGCAUAAGGAUGGCAACGACAACAAUGUCGGGAGCCCGUUUUCCAAAGAAUUCUUGUCCAAGAUGGAGGAUGGUACUCUGCAGGCAGGACGUGGAGGCACCAAUGCUGCCAGGGCUCUGGAGAUCAACAAGAUGAUCUCGUUCUGGAGAAACGCACAGAAGCGAAUCGGCCAGAAGGUGGUGUGGCUUCGGAAGGCAGAGCUGCCCCCCCCUGUCAGAAGACAUGCCGAUUUUGAUGAGGAGAGUCAGUAUGGUGCAAUCCUGCCCCAGGUCGUCACUGCAGGAACCGUCACACGGAGGGCAGUGGAGCCCACUUGGCUCACUGCCAGCAAUGCCAGGCAUGACCGCGUGGGCAGCGAGCUGAAGGCCAUGGUGCAGACACCCCCUGGAUACCAUCUAGUUGGGGCCGACGUAGACUCCCAGGAGCUGUGGAUCGCCGCCAUCCUGGGCGAGGCGCACUUUGCGGGCAUACAUGGAUGCACAGCCUUUGGCUGGAUGACUCUCCAGGGGAAGAAGAGCCAGGGCACCGACCUGCACAGCCGCACCGCCCAGGCUGUGGGCAUUAGUCGUGAGCACGCCAAGGUCUUCAACUACGGCCGCAUCUACGGUGCUGGGCAGCCCUUCGCUGAGCGGCUGCUCAUGCAGUUCAACCAUCGGCUGAGCCCGGCCGAGGCAGCGGGCAAAGCCCAGCACAUGUACGCUGUGACCAAAGGCCUCCGCAGGUACAACCUGUCCGAGGAAGGAGAGUCAUUGGUGCAGCAGCUCCAGCUUGAGGUCGAGCGCGACGAGAGCGGCUCCGUGUCCCUGCAGCAGCUCCGCAAGAUCCAUAGGCUCGCCUCGCAAAUGUCAUGGGGACGAAAGUGGGAAGUGGUGGAACAGCGAACCUGGGCGGGGGGCACAGAGUCAGAGAUGUUCAACAAGCUGGAGAGCAUCGCCCACUCCGAGGCGCCGUGCACCCCCGUCCUGGGCUGCCGCAUCAGCAGAGCACUGGAGCCCAUGGUCGUCAAAAAUGAGUUCAUCACCAGUCGGGUGAACUGGGUGGUUCAGAGCUCAGCAGUGGACUACCUCCACCUGAUGCUGGUGGCUAUGCGGUGGCUGCUGGAGGAAUACGACAUCGAUGGUCGCUUCUGCAUCAGCAUCCACGACGAGGUGCGCUACCUGGUGCGCAGUGAGGACCGCUACCGGGCAGCACUGGCACUGCAGAUCACCAACCUGCUUACAAGAUCCAUGUUUGCCUACAAGCUGGGCAUGCAGGACCUGCCACAGACGGUGGCCUUUUUCAGCGCAGUGGACAUUGACCAGUGUCUGCGUAAGGAGGUCACCAUGGAGUGCUGCACCCCAUCCAACCCCACAGGGAUGCGGCGGCGAUACGGACUGGCCCAAGGUGAAGCCCUGGAUAUCUACCAGCUCAUAGGGAUCACCAGAGGCAGCUUGGAGAAGGGCAGGUAGAAGAUUGCAGGGACGUCAGAGACCAGCCCCAUGGUGGGCUGUACAGCCUGGAGCUCCAUGAUCUUGCAUGAGGACCAGCGUGCUGGCAGCUGUAAACAGGCUGACCUGUUCACUUUCUCCUCUUCUUCUGGGGCUCCCCACUCUCCUCAGUAUCUUGAGACACUGUCGCCUGAAGAAGCACAGCAGUCAGCUUCCAACUGGUUUGGAAAUUAAACUGAAAAGCUUACUGCUGUUUUAGUUACGACGCUAAUGACGACGCUAACACCAGGGCCUUUUACCAGGUAGGGUAGGGUUAGGAAAUCGAGGUGUGACCUACCUCUUCGCUCUCCUGCAAGGCUGUCUCCAGCACGGCCGCGUUGAUGCGGAAAUCCCUGGAUGUGCUCAGCUUCAUGUACUGCAUGAGGUUCACCUGGUAAGGGGCGGGUAGGUAACCCAAACCAUCAGCUACCAUAGACAACUUCCACAUUUAACCAGUGUUAAGACCAUGCAGCCUAGUUUAGUUAAAGCCAGCCCUGCCAGUGGCAGCAUACCUUUGAUUUCUUUGAGAGCAAGAUGAGGAACUUCUCAUACUGCUCUAUACUGAAGAUGAGGUUAGGGAUGGCCUUGGUCUCCCGCAGUACUUUGGCCUGAAUAUGGGAGGGUAAGAAGAUGCCAGGUUCACCACAAGCCUCAGCCACCGAUCACUGUUAAGAAAUACUUAUUCUGGCUGGGAAACUAGUAAAGUUUAUUUAAAGUUGGACUUUGGUGUCUUUCUUGAGUGUAAACCUGCAGCUGCCAAAUGACUGCAUCCGGUGCAGACAUAUGGUCUCUGUUUCCGUAACUGCACACAGCACGUCAUCCAGCCUCUAGAGGGCAGCAGAGAGGCUUACUGAGACCGUAGCGACAGCUUCAUCCCUCUUGGCGGUUUUCUUUUCUUUGGCCGAGCUCUCCACCUCCCCGCUCUGCCAGGUGAGACAUCACAGAGGGUUUAUUGUGCUGGCGGGGCUGACUUGUGGCCCACAGACCAGAACACACGGACAAAGCGCUGUGAGACUGAGCCCUACCUGGAUAUACGUGAUGAGGGAGUAACACUGCGGUGUUAAGUGGGAGCCAGACAGCUUCACCUGCUCAGACAGAGUGAGUGUGUGAGGGCAUGUAGAGGGCAUGGGUGAUCAGAGCACGGGCUGGGGAUGACGGAACUUACCAGCUUCUCAAAGCGUGAGGGCAGAGGUCUUCCCUGACUGGAGCACAGCUGGAUGUACUGCAGGAAGAGGGGCACAGCUGAGCUCGUUUACAAAAUGUUCCAAAUGCUGCAUUGGUUAAUAAUUGACCAUGUCUACAUGUAGCUCUGCAUGUGCCCCUGCAGGUGGUUUGGCGGGGGGGUACGGUGGUGCCGAUUCCCCUGAGGUGAGCGAGCUCUAUGGCUGCUCUGACUCACGUAUUUGGUGAAGGUGGUUAGCAGGGAAUAGGUGCGUGUCAGCUCCUUCAGCAGCGUGUCGGUGUAGGACCCAGGCGGCAACGCGGUCUGGACCAGCUCGUUCAGCGCCGUCAGCAGGGUGCCCAGCUGCAGAGUCACCGCCUUCUCCACGGGAUCCUGCUGGCGAGCAGAGAGAGCCGCCUCUGCUGACCACAGCAAGGGGCGUGAGUCUCAGACAGCCAUGGGGAGAGGGGCUAGCUAUGAGCGGGUCUGCCGGCUGAAGAGACAGAUCACAUACCGGAGCUCUCCCCGUCUCUACAAGAGUCCAGCCUCUUUCUGGCAAUCAGCCAGUCCACUUCAUCCAGGACCUUCUCAACCUGGGUUAGGACCAGGAGCUGGAACAGGGAGAGUCAAUAAUGAACAUAAACUGUGUGUGAGGUACUUCGGCCCAGUUCUGGGGGUGGUCACUCACGGCCGUAGGAGCUGCUGUCUUCAUGUUGACCACAGCAAAGUGAGACAGCUUCUCCACCUCCACGUCCUGUUGGACAGAAACCAGAGCUGGGGACAUGCUGAUGAGCCAAGGGGGCAGCAGAGGGUGUGUGCUGGACGUACCUGGUCCACGUCGCCAAGCUGGCUGUGGAUGUCCUGGGAGAGCUCCCAUAACACAGUGACUGGGCUCUUACAGACCCAAUGCAGACUGAACAGCAAAGAGAGCAGCCCCCGGCAGAAUGGUGUGUCCUCUGGUGGGUGAGGGGGGGCACAGGAAAGACCUUAGUAUACAGAUGAUUUCUGUGCUUCAUACUUCAAAUAAAAUGCACUGAAAUGCUA